AUGCGCGUUCGAAUGCUUCAGGAUUCAUCCGCCGAAACAUUCUCUAAACAACUGUUAGAUAUUGGCGAUGGGAAAGUUGCUGUACAUGAAAAUACUGGAUGCAUAAAAUUACAGACGAACUUCUGCACAUUCAUCGACUUGCAAAAUACUCUUAUCGAUCACAUAUUUCCCGACGUACACACACAAUAUGAAAAUCAUAAGUGGCUGGCAGAAAGAGCGAUCUUGGCAGCUAAAAAUGUGGACGUCAAUGGGUUAAAUUUAAAAAUACAACAGCUGUUGCCUGGGGACUUGGUGUCAUACAAAUCUAUCGAUGCAGUUUGCGAUACCAACCAGAUUGUGAAUUAUCCAAUUGAGUUUUUAAAUUCAUUGGAUUUGCCAGGCAUGCCACCACAUCAUUUACAAUUAAAGGUUGGAUCUCCGAUUAUUCUGCUUCGUAACUUGAACCCACCACAGCUAUGUAAUGGCACACGAUUAGUCAUUAAAAAAUUAAUGAAAAACGUUAUUGAAGCCAUCAUCUUGAAUGGCAAGUUUCAAGGCGAGAAUGUGUUGCUGCCACGAAUCCCUAUGAUUCCCACAGAUGUGCCAAUUGAAUUCAAACGCACUCAAUUCCUAAUUAGAUUGGCAUUCGCUAUGACGAUCAAUAAGUCACAAGGACAAACAUUGUCUGUAUGUGGCUUAGAUUUGGAAACACCGUGCUUUUCUCACGGACAACUAUAUGUAGGAUGUUCUCGCGUGGGAAAACCAUCCAGUUUGUUUGUGUUGGCUAAAGACGGACUAACCAAGAAUAUUGUACACUCUAUUGCGCUGAGAGAUUAA